GGCUCGGCUGCUACCAUGGAGCCCGCCGGCCUGGAGCAGAUCCUGAGAGAACUGCUGCUGCCCGACACUGAGCGCAUCCGCCGGGCCACCGAGCAGCUCCAGAUCGCUCUUCGGGACCCCGCCGCCUUGCCCGCACUCUGCAAUCUGCUGGCCUCGGCGACCGACCCUCAGAUCCGCCAGUUCGCGGCCGUGCUGACCCGCAGACGACUAAGCACCCGCUGGCGACGUUUGGCUACAGAGCUACGCGAGAGCCUCAAAUCCCAGAUCCUGACGGCCCUGCAGAGAGAGACAGAACACUGUGUGAGCCUCAGCCUGGCACAGCUCUCAGCCACCAUUUUUCGAAAAGAAGGCCUGGAGGCCUGGCCUCAGCUCAUGCAGCUUCUUCAGCACAGUACUCAGAGCCCCCACAGUCCUGAGAGAGAGAUGGGGCUUUUGCUGCUGAGUGUAGUGGUGACUUCUCAGCCAGAAGCUUUCCAACCCCACCACCGGGAGCUUCUCCAACUUCUGAAUGAGACUCUUGGUGAGGUGGGCUCUCCAGGGCUACUCUUCUACUCCCUGCGCACUUUGACCACCAUGGCCCCCUACCUCCGCACUGAUGAUGUGCCUCUUGCAAGAUCAUUGGUGCCCAAGCUCAUCGUGGCUGUGAAGACUCUGAUCCCUAUAGAUGAGGUUAAGGCCUGUGAGGCCCUGGAGGCUCUGGAUGAACUACUGGAAUCAGAGGUACCCAUCAUCACCCCCCACCUCUCUGAGGUCCUCACAUUCUGCCUGGAGGUGGCUAGAAAUAUGGCCCUGGGUGAUGCAAUACGUGUACGUAUUCUCUGCUGCCUCACUUUUUUGGUCAAAGUUAAGAGCAAGGCCUUACUGAAGAAUCGUCUCCUGCCUCCCUUACUGCACACCCUUUUCCCCAUUAUGGCUGCUGAGCCCCCUCCGGGCCAGUUGGAUCCUGAGGACCAGGAUUCUGAAGAGGAAGAGUUGGAGACUGGGCUAGUUGGGGAGACUCCCAAGCAUUUUGCUGUACAGGUUGUGGACAUGCUGGCCCUACACCUUCCCCCUGAGAAACUCUGUCCCCAGUUGAUGCCCAUGCUGGAAGAGGCCUUGCGGAGUGAGAGCCCUUACCAGCGUAAGGCUGGUCUCCUGGUAUUGGCUGUGCUGUCUGACGGAGCCGGUGACUACAUCAGGCAGAGACUGCUGCCCCCACUGCUGCAGAUUGUGUGCAAGGGCCUGGAGGACUCCUCGCAGGUUGUGCGUAAUGCUGCACUGUUUGCCCUGGGCCAGUUCUCAGAGAACCUACAGCCCCAUAUCAGCAGCUAUUCAGGGGAGGUGAUGCCACUGCUCCUUGCCUACCUGAAGUCUGUGCCUCCAGGGCACAUGCACCACCUCGCCAAGGCCUGCUACGCUUUAGAGAACUUCGUGGAGAACCUAGGGCCCAAAGUUCAGCCCUACCUCCCGGAACUUAUGGAGUGUAUGCUGCAGCCUCUGAGGAACCCCAGCAGCCCCCGGGCCAAGGAGCUGGCUGUGAGCGCUAUGGGGGCCAUUGCCACAGCUGCUCAGGCCUCCUUGCUGCCCUACUUCCCUACCAUCAUGGAACAUCUUCGGGAAUUUCUGUUGAUGGGCCAUGAAGACCUUCAGCCUGUGCAGAUCCAGAGCCUGGAGACACUGGCAGUGCUGGCACGAGCAGUAGGGGAGCCCAUGAGGCCCCUGGCUGAGGAAUGCUGUCAGCUGGGGCUGGGCCUAUGUGAGCAGGUAGACGACCCUGACUUGCGCCGCUGCACGUACAGCUUAUUUGCAGCCUUAUCAGGGCUAAUGGGUGAAGACCUGGCACCCCACUUGCCGAAAAUCACCACUCUCAUGCUGUUGUCACUGCGUUCCACUGAGGGCAUUGUGCCUCAGUGUGAUGGAAGCAGCCCUUUCCUUCUGUUUGAUGAUGAGAGUGAUGGGGAAGAAGAGGAGGAGCUCAUGGAUGAGGAUGUGGAGGAGGAGGAUGACUCAGAGAUCUCAGGGUACAGUGUGGAGAAUGCCUUCUUUGAUGAGAAGGAGGACACCUGUGCUGCCCUGGGGGAGAUUUCUGUGAACACCAGUGUGGCCUUCCUUCCAUAUAUGGAGAGUGCCUUUGAAGAAGUAUUCAAACUGCUGGAGUGUCCUCAUCUGAAUGUGCGGAAGGCAGCUCAUGAGGCUCUGGGUCAGUUCUGUUGUGCACUGCAUAAAGCCUGUCAAAGCUGCCCCUCAGAACCCAAUAAUGCCGCUCUGCAGGCCGCCCUGGCCCGGGUCGUGCCAUCCUACAUUCAGGCAGCGAAUGGGGAAAGGGAGCGUCAGGUGGUGAUGGCUGUGCUGGAGGCCCUGACAGGGGUGCUGCGCAGCUGUGGAACCCUCACACUGCAACCUCCUGGGCGCCUUGCUGAGCUCUGUAGCAUGCUCAGGGCUGUGCUACAGAGGAAGACAGCAUGUCAAGACACUGACGAAGAAGAGGAAGAGGAGGAUGACCAGGCUGAAUACGACGCCAUGUUGCUAGAGCAUGCUGGAGAGGCCAUCCCUGCCCUGGCUGCUGCAGCUGGGGGAGACAACUUUGCUCCUUUCUUUGCCGGCUUCUUGCCAUUAUUGCUAUGUAAGACGAAGCAGGGCUGCACAGUGGCAGAAAAGUCCUUUGCAGUGGGGACACUGGCAGAAUCCAUUCAGGGUCUGGGUGCUGCCUCAGCUCAGUUUGUGUCUCGGCUGCUCCCUGUGCUAUUGAGCACUGCCCGGGAAGCAGACCCUGAGGUGCGGAGCAAUGCCAUCUUUGGACUGGGAGUAUUGGCAGAGCAUGGGGGCCGCCCUGCUCAGGACCACUUUCCCAAGCUGCUGGGCCUCCUUUUGCCUCUCCUGGCACGAGAGCGACAUGAUCGUGUCCGUGACAACAUCUGUGGGGCCCUUGCCCGUCUGCUAAUGGCCAGUCCGACAAGGAAACCAGAGCCCCAGGUGUUGGCUGCCCUGUUACACGCCCUGCCACUGAGGGAAGACUUGGAGGAGUGGGUCACCAUAGGGCACCUCUUCAGCUUCCUGUACCAGAACAGUCCUGACCAGGUUGUAGAUGUGGCUCCUGAACUCUUGCGCAUCUGCAGCCUCAUUCUGGCUGACAACAACAUCCCACCAGACACCAAGGCUGCACUGCUGCUGCUCCUGACAUUCCUGGCCAAACAGCACACGGACAGCUUCCACACGGCACUGGGCUCGCUGCCUGCUGACAAGGCUCAGGAGCUCCAGGCUGUGUUGGGCCUCACCUAGACUGCAGGCUGCAGCUGGGCCAGAGAGUAGAGCCUGCCCACCACCUCUCGGCCCAGUUCCUGCUCACGCCUUACCAAAGAUUUGGGGCCUCAUCCAUUGGAGUCAACCCUGCUUGCUGCCUUACAGGGGUGUCCCUGGGGCUGCAUCUGUUACAGGUUGAGCCAUAACAUCAUACAAUAAUAAAGGCAGUUUGUUUUCUGCUUGGACAAUAGCUCUGAGGGCUAGAAGACUUGAGAUGUAUAUACAGAAAUGAGGUAGGCAAGGCCCAAUGAAGCAGGGCAUGGUUUAAUGAAGCCUUGUAAAUGGGCUCUACCCUCAGUGGAAUCUGGGUCCUGGAUGAAUCAGGAGGCGCCCAUAUGGCUUCUCUUGUUCCACAAGAAGGAUCCGCUGUGCCGAGAGCACUGGUCAAGAGAGGAGAAGAUGGCAUAUCACAAGGACUGUCUGUAGUGGCCUCUGGCCUGUCUCUGCUUAUACUUGCACUCACCUAGGAGCAGGUAGAAAACCCGGGCAGCCACUCGGCGGGGGCUGAGAGGUGACACCAGGCUACUGAAGUCUGGCUCCCUGUUGGCCUGUAGCUCCAGUGCCACUGCCCUACAGGGAUCAAGAAUUGUUAGCUGAGACCCCAGCCCAGGUCCAGCCCAUUGAGGCACCCUAUCCCUGGUACCUGUGCACUGCCUCCAGUGAGAGCAGCUCAGGCUCUGGGGGCAGUUCCAAAGAUAUCUCCAUGGGCACCUCAGGGAGCUCAGGCACCACUGGCAAUGCAGGGGGCUCUGGCUGCUCUGCUUCAGCCCAGGCCCUAGGAAAACAGAGCCAGAGCAGAGAAGGUGGUGACCAUGACGAUGACAGCACAGCCAUCCUAGCUGACCCCCUCUAACCCAGGCUCACACAAAGGCUGGUUGCGUACCACCGUUCUUCUGGCAAGGCAAGGCUGGUGCGGGUCUUCUCCUCUUCUGCUGCUUCUAGGGAGAGCUCUGUUGUGGGAAGGAAAGGUGCUAGAGUGCUUAAAUGUGUAAGGCCCUGGGUUUGAGCCUCAGCACCACCAAAAAAUGUCUACUCUAUGAAUAGACACCAGAGCCAUGUAUGGAUUUGUGUAAAGCACCUAGGCAGGAGAACUUGUGUGACAUACUCUCUUGCCUAAUGGAAACAGCUUCAGCAUUUGGGGCACUAGUCUCCUGAAACAGUGGUUAGGGUAUGGACUCUGCCAUCCCCUCUUCUCCAGGUACUUACCUGAAGACAGCAUGAGGGGACCACUGGGUUCCUGGGCCUCCCUUAGGACCUACAGGUGGAACAAUGAGAACUGAGACACAAGCAUCACAAGCAUCUGGGUUCAGGCUUCUGAUAGAAGGCACCAGUCCAGUGCACCUGCACUGCUGGCUCACAGUAGAAGACAGCCUAUAGCGGCUUAGGCAAAGCAGAGCUUUGGGACUUUAGAGGAAGCAGUGUGGGUAUACUUACCUCGAUCUCACUCAGUGUUUCAGCCCUUCUUCUUUCCUCCUCUGCUGCUGCCUCCCUUUCAGCCUCUUCAGCCUCCAGGGGUGGCCUUCGUCUGAGCACUCUUGGGGGUACCUGGGCACAGUGGGUCCAGAAAGCUAGUAGUUCUGGGGGUAGCCAGCCAGCUGAGGACAAGGGGACAGGGUUUGAGUCAUAAGAAACCAAGAAUGAAGAAUAUUGCUUCUAAAAUCCCCAUGUGCCCAACUCCUGCCGUUCUUACAGAGAGUUGGGGUUCGGAACAACUCUGCUGGGCUUGCGAUGGUCCUCUCUGGAGGCUGCACCAUUGGCUGUAUGUGGGGGAAGGCCAGAAGCCCCUUGUGAGGGAGCCACUCUUCAGUGCCGCUUCACCUCUUCUAUACACUGUGCCACAGCCCCUUGACUUCCUUUACUUUCAGGUUCAUGAUCUCGCCUAUCCUUAUUGCUAAAAGGACUUUUUACCCAGAAGUGCAUAGAAACUUGUGCAAAUCCACAUGCACUUUCUAAGGAACAGAGCAGGUUUUCUUUGGAUUCCCAGAGCUCCUCCAAGGAGUUUAAAAGGCCCAACCUGACCUGUGUCCCUCCCUUUCCGUGGGCUGCACUCACACAUUCCCAGCAGUGGGCCCUGGUUUGCAGUUGUUCCUGAAAUUUCUCCCGUGAAAUCUGAGUCUCCUUGUCCCAGAACAGUAACUGGCGUCGACGUCUGCGAGCAGGUGGGCUCCCAGGAGCUGGGGCCCUCCUCUGCUGAGUGGGAGGGGAGAUGGAUAACCUGCUACACAGCACUCCUUUUCUUGUCAUCUUGAAGGGCUGCUAAUGGCUCCAUACUCUGCCUGGGGCAGGGGCCUGGGCAAGGCUUGCAUACACUUGUGCAGCACAUACCUUACAUGAGGGUACCCAUUUGGGAAGUAAAGCCACACAAUGGGGUAUGGGAAGGGUCAUCUUUUACUAAUCACAAAAGUCCCAUGUAAGCUAACAGUGGCCCGGGGCUUAGGGAAUCAGCUCUGGGAGAAGCCCAAAGACAGGAAGGAGGCUUAGAAAGGACACUGCUCACCUCUGGGCUGGGUGGGGCCGGCAGGCGCAACUCCUGUGGAGGGGUCACCUCUGCAACAACACCCAAGAUCUUGGCUCUGUCCCACAAGCCCUUUCACUUUCAUCGUCACCAAGACAAGAAGCUACAGCCCAUCAUCGGGUUGGGAAACAGGGCCUUUAUUUACAACACCCGUGGAAGUCUUCCCAGAAAAGCCCAUGGGAAUAGUGGAUACUCACCAGUGACCAGGGGCCCAGGCUCCCAGCCUGUCAGCUUCAGUUCCUCAGGCCCCAGGACCUGGCCUGGAAGUGGCUCUUCUAUCCCUUCUACCCUUAAGGGAAAUAGGCAGGUGGAUUUAGGACAUCCUUCCCAGCACUGACCCCUUACCUGGUACAGGUAUUCCUGCCCUUACUGUGCAGGAGCUGGAGGCGAAAGCGAGGGGACUACAGUGUCCCCCUCCAGGGCACGGGGUUCUUCCUUAGAUUCUGUAGAGAGAUCAGAAUUCAGAGGGCAGGAAAGAAGUGGGAGCAGUGCCAAGCCCCAGACUGCCUGUGCUAGGGGUCUGACCAUCCAGAGCCAGGCGGGCCCUCCGCUUCCGAGGCCUGCCUUCCCGGGAUACAUCUAACAAGAUAGCUUCAUCCUCCUCUGCAAUAAGCAGGUCCAAGUCUCGGCGGCUGACCUCUGGGAGAUCCUGUUCACCCUGUCAAAAAAGGAAGAGCUAGGGAAGGGGGAAGGAACAAUCCCAAUUCUGAAAAAGGCGAGUGAAUGCAGAAGAGUAGAUCUAAGAAGCAUGCCACAGGCCUAGGCCCAAGGAAGCCCACUGGAUGCUCAAGUUCCAAGAAUGGGAAGUGGAAAAAUGGAGAUGAAGAAGGCAGGACUGUGGAGCAGAGAGAAAUAGGUGCAAGGGGCUGAGGCCCUGUGUGCUGGGGGAUGACUCACCUCAAUCUGCAGCAUACGUAUAGGCUCCGCUUCCUGGAGGGUGAUGGCCUCAGGAGAUAGCACAGUGACCAAGAUCCUGUCUGGAGGGGCAGGGGAGUCACACCAGUCCCUCUGCCUAUUUUCAAGUUCCCACACUACUUCCAAGUUCAGUGGUGAUCAAAGAAUGGACUCCAGAGCUGAGUUAAGUUGGAUUUUAGUCAGAGCCAGGUCAUUCGGUCAACUCACCUGACCCUGACUACAUUGCUUCACCACUGUGAGCCUCACUGUCCUCAUCCCUAAAAUGGAGAUAAGAAUUCUGACCCCAUAGAACUCUUGUGACAGUGAUAAGGUUUCACACAUAAAGUGCUCCUCACAGGGCUUGGCUCUUAUGCCUUUACUCCAUGUACAGAGAAACAAUAUGUAUCCCAUUUGUUUACAAUAAAAAUAAA